ACUUUUGACAAUGACAGGGGCACGCACACAUUCGUGUUUUUGAUUGUGUUCACUGUAUUUUUAUUGCUUCUAUAUUUUUCGCCUACGACAGCCAUGUAGGAGACAACCUGCGCCAAUUUUUAGCGUUUUGAGUGGUUUUAAAAAAUUCCAAAAUAUGGAGCAGACAAAAUCUAAUUCGCCCAAGUUAUUCGUGUGCACUGCUAUAGAAAACAAGGAUGAAAUAGAAGAGAGAUACGAGCGUGCAUACGCUUACUUCCAAUCCGUAGUUGCGGACUGCAGCGAGAAGGAGUCCCACGACGCACUGAACAAUGCGGCGUGCAAGAACCACGAGGAGGUGUCGCUGGGCAUGCUGACGGCGAUCCUCACGGAGCCGGCGGCGGCCGCGAAGUGCUACCGCGACCUCACGCUCGUGACGCGGGACGGGUUCGCGUGCGUGCUCAACAACCUGUCCACGCUCAUCCUCGAGCGGUACCUGCGGUUCCACGACACUACGCGCGGGCAGCUGCUCUGGCUACUCAAGGAGAUGAUCCGCAACGCCGUCGCCGGCGUCGACAGCGUGUGCUGGAACCUCAUGCGAUACGCCUCCGGCGGUGACGUCACACCCAAAAAUAUUUUCUUAAUUGAAUCUCUCUUAGACAUUUACAUUGAACACAGGACGUGGCUAGACAAGUUCCCUCCCCUUAUCUGUAUGGUAGUGUACACGUAUCUUAGGCUGAUAGAGGAUCAUAAUAUGCCGCAUCUGAUGCUACUGAGACAGAAGGAAGUCAAUUUUGUAAUUACACUUAUAGUAGAAAGGUUCGCGGAUGUCCGGACGUUGGGGCGGGAUUUGGUGAGAUUGCUGCAGAAUGUGGCUAGGAUCACAGAGUUUAAUCAGUUGUGGAGGGACCUGCUCGAAAACCCAAAAUCACUGAGUCCAACGUUCACAUCCAUACUGCAACUAUUACAAACUAGAACUUCCCGAAGGUACCUGCAGGCCAGGCUGACACCGGAGAUGGAAAGAAAGUUAGUAUUCUUGACGUCACAAGUGAGAUUUGGCCACCAUAAGAGAUACCAGGAGUGGUUUCAGAGGCAAUACCUGGCUACACCAGAGUCACAAUCUCUGCGGAGUGAUAUGAUAAGGUUCAUAGUCGGAGUCAUACACCCAACAAAUGAGCUUCUCUGUUCAGACAUCAUUCCCCGGUGGGCUGUGAUAGGCUGGUUGCUCACAACAUGCACAUCUAACGUUGCAGCAUCAAAUGCUAAACUAGCCUUAUUCUACGACUGGUUAUUCUACGACCCAGAAAAGGAUAACAUCAUGAACAUAGAGCCUGCCAUACUAGUGAUGCACCACUCCAUGCGGUCGCACCCGGCCGUCACCGCCACGCUACUAGACUUCCUGUGCCGAAUCAUUCCGAACUUCCAUCCACAGUACUCCGACAAAGUCAAACAGGGUAUCUACAACUCUUUACAGCAGAUCAUAGAGAAGAGAGUGCUACCGAACUUGCAGCCGCUAUUUGACUCGCCGAAACUGGACCGGGAGUUGCGAACGACAGUGCGGGAGACGUUCAAAGAGUUCUGUAGCAACGGGAACGGGGAGGGAGGGGUGUCUCGGGAAGAGGGGGAAGACUUCAGCCGCGGCGGGGACGAGCCGGCGUUCUCUGAUGACGAAGAGGAGGCGCUGGCGGCCCCGGCCGAGGACACGGACGACGACGACCUGCCGCUGUCGGAGGUGCGCGCGAGAGAGAGGCCCGAGCUUGCCGCGGCCCUCCCGCUCACACUCAGACCUCUAGCGGAAAACCUACUAGAUGAUAGGUCUUAUGAGUCUGCGGUGACUCUGCUAUCCUCCGCCACAAGCUCGCCUAUGCCCACGCCGCUAGCGCUGGCCGAUCUGUUCGCGGCGGCUUUACAGGAUGCAACGCCGUUGAAGAUACCUCCUAACCCCACCCCGGCGGAUCUCGAUACCGCAAUAAAAUCCCCCCUCUUCGCCAUGUUCUCCUGCGUCAUGCCCGGAGAAGACACGGAUAGAAAGAAGUUAGUCAUGAAGACGUUUAAGGAAAUGCAUUCGCAGAACCUGUACAGUGGAGUCGGAUACUCGCUCCUAUUUUACUUAAGGGUUCUGUUUGAAAGAGAUCGCCGGGCGGAGCGCGACGCCGUCAAACGACGGAACGUGAAGUUCAAAGCGAACAUUUACAAAGAAUACUGCAGUUUCCUCGACAUUAAACUCGCUGACAGCAUCGCGGAUGACUUCGAGAGAUGUCAAGAAUGCGACGCUAAUCUCCUCGUGUAUUUGAUCCCGGAUGUCUACCGGGAAUUUAAGGACCUAGCCCAGAACCACAUCCGCCUACUACACUGUAUAGUUUCAACUCUAGACGCGGCGCAACUACAACAGCUCGUCUGUCUCACGCUGCAAGGCAACCUCAUGAUGUUCAAAUCCGACGACAUCAACACCAUGCUAUCCACUAGUUUAAGCUGGGAGACUUUCGAACAAUAUUGUCUAUGGCAACUACUAACGGCCCACGACAUAGCGAUCGAAGACGUGCUAUCCAUCAUCCCUGACUUAUCUUACAAGGAGCACUCUGAAGCGUUAACCUCAGUGCUGUUGAUGUUGAAGCAAGGCCGUCCGACGGCCGACGUGAUGCGUCAGUUAUUCUGUAGGAAGUUGUGUGAGGACGAUACGUUUGUGGUGUCCACGUUGAUGUACUGGUGCCAGGACUAUGAAGACAAGGUUGGCGACCUGGUGGCGGCGCUGCUCAGCACCAGGUACCCCGGGACGAGCCCCAACAAGAGAAAACGGCCCGGCAAGCACAGUUUGCCGCCCAACGCGCCGCCCGCCGCUGAACUAGUGAUAGGGCACCUGGAACAGCUGCGGCUGUGCUGCGUGGCGGCGGACGACAUGUCCAUCUUCAACAUGGUGUGCAUGCAGAAGGCGCUGCAGCAGGCCAGCGGGAACUCCAGCGAUACCCUCCGACGACAAUACAGCGACCUGUUCCUCCUGGCGUGGGAGGACGAGCUGCCGAUCUCCCGCCGCGCGCGCAAGCUGGCGGCCGGCGCGCCGCUCGGGCUCGGGCAGACGCUGCACUCGUCCAAUGAUGAUAGUGAGGAGGAGGAAAUAGUAAAGCCGAAACAGGCGAAACGCAGAAAGAAAGCGAUAUCGGACAGUGAUUAACGAAAACGCCAUUACGGACUCAAGUAACACCAAAGUGCGACAUACAAUACAAUAAUUCACGUUGAACUGUGUUUGUUACCGCCUCGCCCGAUUCUGGUAGCGAUUGCGAGAGUAUCACAAUGCUAAAACGAUUACGCGGUAACGCAAGUUAGGGUAAUGUAGUGGAGGAAACGGAUGACUGGGUGGGUCUAUGUGCUUGAAUUUGAUAAGUAUUGGUGUCUGAAGAAAGUAUUAGUAAUGGUCUCUUAGCCGAAUUUUGACCAGAGAUUAUAAUCCAAUAUUCUCCUAAAUCUAUGGGAAGGAUGACGACCAUGAGUUGAAUAAGGUCAACUGUUAUAAAUUAAAUACAGUAAACAAUUAAAGUACUUACUUUAAGUAUUUAAAUAAAAUAAACACGCAUAAAUAGCUCUAAAUUAAAUAUAGAUUAACUUUAUCUUACUGUCAAAAAUAGAUUAAAGGGUCCGAUUAGCCAAUGAUUGUGUGGUGAGGACCAUAUCGGCUGUGCAGUAGAUAUGAAAAACUGAUAUUUUAAACUCAAGGAGUAAGUAGAUAUUGUCAGUAAGACAUAUUACAUGACAGCUGUUUAGCCCUAAAAAGUUAUCGUUAGAAUGGGAAUAAAAGGGCUUCAAAAGUAGACCGUAUUCGUAAUUGGGUAGAGAUUAGCAUAAGUUUACUGUCUCGCAAAAUGUUACCAGAAUCGGGAUUUGUUUAAUAUUAAGAGUUUAUGUUGAGAUGCCGCCUGCGCCGCCCAGUAGUUGACGUCUAGAGCGUCACGACGCAUUCCAUUUUCAAACCCACAAAUGAAUUAAAAAGUUACAAACCUCUUUUGACUUGUAACUUUUUAUGAAAUAAGGAUGGAUGAAUCAUAGACUCAUCUUAAGAAUCAUUUUAGAUUUUUUAAAUAUGGAACUAUGAAAUCGUGUUUUGUUUUAUUAGGUUUAUAAAUUCGAUUGUCAAUUGUUGGCAUUCGCGGCGUCAACUAUAGGUUUGAGACUCGAUGUUAUCGCUUCGGAACAUUAUAAUAGUUAGGUGCUUUUGAUCUGUACAUUAAUGUGAUUAUGAGAACCCACGAGUGUGGGUUAUAUUGAAACCCUGAAUGUAAUAAUGUUCGAAAGGGCGAGAGUUAAGGUGAGUAUUCACCAAAAACGUUAAAUUAAUGUAAAUUAUUUAUUUUUGUGCAAUCAACAAACAACAGAAGAUUCGUUUGUGAAAAAUGCCAAAAAAGCUCAAAGUGUAAAAAUAUUUAAUCGGUGGUUAAAAGCCACUCAGCUUGUUAAAAGACCAGAUAUUAACACGUUCGCGGGCACCCACGUCAAUGCCGGCCACAGGCCAGAGUCCGUGAAAGUGUUAAGCAGUUAACUUGGUGAAUACUCGCCUGGAUCACUAAUCCAUUAUUGACUGUACUAUUUUUGCUUUUGUAUAGGUAAGUGAGUAUUGUACAUUUGCACCGUUAGUUGUAAAGAUCCCCCGAUGUUGUAUAGUUGAACCCAGUACAGUUAAUUUGUUUAAAGUGUAAGGCAUGAGACCAAGAAUUUUAUUCAAAGAAUAUAUUGUAUUGAUGCAAUUUUCGAAAUACAUUUUACACUAGGAUCAAUAAAGUAUUCUCCCUUUAAGUACA